AUGGCUCGUGGCGACUGUAACGCCAUGCCAAAGGGGAGCGGCAUAUACUCGGGAGGAGAGGGUCUGCGCUGCAGGAACGACAGCUGCGCAGCCCUGGGACUCCAGGCGGUGCUUGUGGAGGCAAUGCCCAGCCAAGGCCGUAUGAAGCAGCAGGAGUCGUGGUAUGAAUACCGGCUUAUCAAGGAAUUGGAGACAUUGCGAGGCCCACCGGCUAAAAUAUAUGUUGAUAAAGAGGCAACACCAAUGUUCUUUAAGGCAGGACCUGUGCCUUAUGCUAUGAAACCGAAGGUGGAGGCUGAGCUGGACCGCCUCUUGAGAGACAAAAUAAUUGAACCAGUGAAAUUCUCUAAGUGGGCAGCUCUUUUUGCAAAGCUCUCAGAAGGGGCAAAAUUCAGCAAAAUGGACAUGAGUCAUGCCUAUCAACAGGUAAUAUUGGAUGAGGAAUCAAAAAAGUAUGUAACUAUAAACACACACAAAGGGUUAUUUACUGUAAACCGUCUUCCAUUCGGGGUUUCAUCCAGUCCAGCUAUCUUUCAGAGAAUUAUGGAGGGUUUGCUGCAGGGAAUUUCCCAUGUAGCCAUUUACCUGGACGACAUCCUGGUGACGGGCAAGAAUGAUCAGGAGCACCUGCAGACGCUAAGCAAGGUACUUCAGAGAGUGGAGGAGGAAGGCCUACGGCUAAAGAGAAGUAAGUGUACCUUUCUGGGAGGUGAGGCUGAGUUUCUGGGUAACAAAGUGGAUGCCACAGGACCACACCCACUUAAGAACAAGGUACAGGCUAUCCAAAAUGCACCUGCACCUACCAACAUAACAGAGCUUAAGGCUUACUUAGGACUGUUGAACUAUUAUAACAGGUGCAGUACUUUCACACCUCAUGCCGGAUGGGUGGGAGAGACCUAUAGGUUUUAUGUCAAGAACACUCACAUCAGCUGA